CAACCUAACCUCAAAAUUUGCGGUUUUUAAAUAAAUCAGCCCCUAAAAGGCGGCAGACCCAGCUGGCGAGGAUGUUGGAUGGAAUAACAGUGAAUGAUAAAAUUUAGAAGUUGUGAUCAAAAUGUCUAAAUUCAAAAUUAGUAAUGAAUGGAAGAGGAGAGUUAAGCAGGAGUACCUACGGCUGAGACAACAAAAACGAUAUAGGAAAGCAGAUGAAAUCAAAUUGGCAUGGAAUCAAAACAAAAAACGAAUGGAAGAAGUUUGGUCUUCGGAACAAGAUCGAUUGGCUGAUAGUAAAGCAGUGUGGGUUCCAACCCCAGAACUACCUGCUCACGUUACUUGUAUGAAAAAGUCUGAAGUCAUUGGAAAUGAUGGUGAUAUACAAGUUGCUCCAAUCAGAAUCAUCAAUGCUGUUACUCCAAUCCCAACAAUGUAUACCUGGGCGCCAAUUCAGCAAAAUUUCAUGGUUGAAGAUGAAACAGUUCUGCACAAUAUUCCAUACAUGGGUGAUGAAAUACUAGACCAGGAUGGUACUUUUAUAGAAGAACUGAUCAAAAACUAUGAUGGAAAAGUACAUGGUGAUCGUGAAGCGGGUUUCAUCGAUGACGAAUUAUUUGUAGAGCUUGUUCAUGCUUUGAUGCAGUAUCAAGAGAAAGAAAAGCCUGAGAAGAAAGACAAAGAUAAGGACAAGAAGGAAGUUGAAACUGACAAAGCAGAGAAGGAGAAAAAAGUAGAGAUAGAAUUCCCAACUUCUGUGAUAUUUCAAGCUAUAUCUUCACAGUUUCCAGAUAAGGGAGGGCCAGAAGAACUAAGGGAAAAGUAUAUAGAACUCACAGAGAGGACCGACCCAAAUGCGCCACCUGAAUGUACCCCUAAUAUAGAUGGAGCAAAUGCAGCUUCAGUGCCACGUGAACAAACAAUGCACUCUUUCCAUACACUUUUCUGCAGACGAUGCUUCAAGUAUGACUGCUUUUUACACAGACUUCAGCCUUCCAAUCCUGGACCGAAUCUUCAGAAACGUAGGGGACCUGAUUUGAAACCGUUUACAGAACCUUGUGGGCCUGACUGCUACAUGCUUCUGGACAUUGUGAAAGAAAAAAUGGCUGAAAAAGCAAAACAAGAAGAGGAAACUGAAAAAGAAGCCAAAUGCAAACAGCAGGUUAAAGAACCUGUUGUGACAACCACUGCCAAUGAAAAUGUCAAAACUGCCAGCGCCUCAAAUCAUAGAAAAAUAAGUAAACAAACGUCUUUGGACUCAGGGAACGAAGCCAGUUCGGAAGACAGUAACGAUAGUAAGUAUAAAGAUUCCAAUAAUGACGACCCAGUGUCCACUGCCUGUUCAUUUAGUUUGCUGGGUCUUAUGGGAGCUAAUGACCAUAAAGAAUGGACUGGUUCGGAUGAAAGUCUAUUCAGAGUAUUACACAAAGUUUUUCUGAAUAACUAUUGUGCCAUAGCGCAAAUAAUUCUCACCAAAACUUGCCAACAAGUGUACCACUUCGCUCAGAAGGAAGAUGCUAUAAUACCUGCCGAAGAAACCCUCAAAGAUUUCACUCCUCCUAGAAAGAAGAAGAAGAAGCACCGAUUGUGGUCGAUGCAUUGCAGAAAAAUCCAGCUCAAAAAGGAAACGAACAGCAAUCAUGUAUAUAACUUCACUCCUUGCGAUCAUCCUGGUCAGAGUUGUGAUGCUCACUGUCCUUGUAUUGGAGCUCAAAACUUCUGCGAGAAAUUCUGUAAUUGCAGUUCGGACUGUCAAAAUAGGUUUCCGGGAUGUCGUUGCAAAGCUCAAUGUAACACUAAACAGUGUCCCUGUUAUUUGGCUGUCAGAGAAUGUGAUCCAGAUUUAUGUCAAACUUGUGGUGCAGAUCAAUUUGACACAACAAAAAUAACCUGCAAAAAUGUCAGUGUACAGAGAGCUUUACAUAAGCAUUUAUUGAUGGCACCAUCGGAUGUAGCUGGUUGGGGUAUAUUCCUCAAGGAUAGCGCCCAAAAGAACGAAUUUAUAUCUGAAUACUGUGGUGAAAUCAUUUCUCAAGAUGAGGCUGACAGGCGAGGAAAGGUGUAUGAUAAAUAUAUGUGCAGCUUUCUCUUCAAUCUGAAUAAUGAUUUUGUUGUGGAUGCAACCAGAAAAGGAAAUAAAAUUCGUUUUGCUAAUCAUUCCAUCAAUCCAAAUUGCUACGCCAAAGUUAUGAUGGUAAAUGGUGACCACAGGAUUGGCAUUUUUGCUAAAAGAGCAAUUCAACCAGGAGAAGAGCUCUUCUUUGACUAUAGAUAUGGACCUACAGAGCAGCUGAAAUUUGUGGGAAUCGAAAGAGAAAUGGAAUUUCUUUGAUUAAGAAAUAACAUUCCAAUCUUAUUUCUCGAUUAAUGGAUUUAAUCGAAAAUUUUUUAUGCUUGUAUGAAUAUGUAUUUAAUUAAAAUGAUUUUAAUAUA